AUGGUCAUGGAUAUGGAUAUGAAUUUCUACCUGCGGCGUGCGCUAUCCGCUCGACGGAUCCACCAGCCGCCGCAAGGAAACUUCCGCCUCCUCCUACCGCGCGCUAGCAACUGCAUCUCCCGGGGCCGAGCUCUCGAUCCGGCGUGCUUCGUCGCCGGCCGAGCCCUCGAUUCGAACCCUAGCCUUGACCCGCCCCAACCUACCGCGGUGGCUGUCGAAGCCACAGAUGACGGUGCGGCCGAGGCGGCCAGGAGGCCCUUCACGGCCCUCAGCCAAGAGGAAGCUUACCUCGCCCUCGCCCGCGUCCUGCAGGAGCAGGAGCGGGCGUACAUGUUGCUUCGGAUGAACGGGGGCGGUGGCGAGGGCAGCGACUACGGGAGCUCUGAUGAAGGGAGCUACGAAUAUGAUGAAGAGGGAGAGGAGGACUACGAAGAGGAACUGGAGCUCUCGCUGGUCUCAGCGAUUGAGGCAUGGCAAGAGGUUGAUCCAGAUGAAUACUCUUAUGAGGAGCUAGUCGCAUUGGGUGAAGUAGUUGGCACAGAAAACAGAGGUCUCUCUGCCGAUACACUUGCUUCUUUACCUUCAGUAACAUACAAGCUGCAACAUGUUCAGGAUGGCAACACGGAGCAAUGUGUAAUUUGCCGUGUGGAAUUGGAGGAGGGUGAAUCUUUAUGCGAUGUUUUAUGGACAACAAUUACACACAACAUAACAGCCAAUAGUAAUUAA